AUGACUUCUUUACAAGAUCAAUUACGUAUCGUUUUAAUUGGUAGAACAGGAAAUGGAAAAAGUUCCGUUGGUAAUUCAUUAUUACAUUCGAGAAGUGCAUUUUAUUCUACACAAUCACCUAAUUCAGUAACAAGAGAUUGUGAAGUUCAAAUGGCAAUGUCAACUGAUAUUAAUGGAAGACAAAAACAAAUAAUGGUUGUUGAUACACCAGGCUUUUUUGAUACAGAUGAGAACAUAACAAAUGAACAAGUACAACAGACAAUUGCUUCACAAAUUUUUAAUAUGACAUCACCAGGUGUACAUGCUUUUUUAAUUAUUCUUCGUAUUGAUCGUUUUUCACCCGAAGAAAAACGUACAGUAGAUUUUAUUAAAAAAAUAUUCGGUGAGGGUGCUGCAAAAUAUUGUAUUGUGAUUUUUACACGUGAAGAUCAAUUGGAUGAAGGUCAACAUAUUGAUGAAUUUAUAAGUCGAUCUCGUGAAUUGAAAGAUUUAGUUCAAAGAUGUGGACAUCGUAAAUUUACUAUUAAUAAUAAAUUAAAUGGUGAACAAUUGAAUAGAAAAACUAAGCAAUUACUUCAAAUGAUUGAUCAAAUGGUACAAAAUAAUAAUGGAAAUUAUUAUACAAAUGCUGAAUAUCAACGAAUUGAAAGACAACGAAAAGAAGAACAAGCAAGACGAGAAGAAGAAGAACGUAGAAAGAAAAAAGAAUAUGAAGACGCAUUAAUUGCAAAAGCAAGAGAGGAAGAACGACAGAAAGCCGACAAACGAGAACGAGAAGCACGAGAAGAAGAACGAAAAAAAGCUGAAAAACGAGAACAAGAAGAACGAGAUAGAAGAAUAAGAGCAGAAGAAGAAGUACGAAUUGAACGGAGUAGAAAUGAAGAAAGAGUACGAUCAGCAGCUCGCUCUCGAAGGAACUAUGAUGAUGAUGAUGAUGAUGAUGUUGAAUCUAUGUUCAAUGGAAUGCGUCAAAUGAUGUUGGGUAGCAAUAUGCCUUCGCCAAAUACAGCAGCUAUGUGUAUGCCUUAUCAAAGGGCAAUGCCUACUGGUCCUACAAUGCAUGGAGGUAGUGGAGGUCGAUUUACAGGCGAGUUUAUGGCAACUCGUGGUAGUGCCAACAAUCGACCAAUUAUGGAAGGACCUAGAGGUGGACGUUUCUAUUGGAAUGGAAAUGGUAACAAGACUUAUUUAGGAAAUUAA